CCCACAUCCCCCACUACAAAAAAAAAACCUAUCACAACAACACUUUGUUUCUUGUAUAAUAAACAUCGUCACACAUAUUUUCAUCAUGAUAAUUAAACGAACAUAAUUUUGUGUUUAAAUAUCUCUUAUCGCAAUAUUAUAUAUAUAUACAAGGUGUUGUAUCRAUAAACUUAUACAAGUGACAAUAUUAAAAAAAAAAAUUAUAAUAAUAAUAAUUUGAAGAGUAGUGGGAGAGAAAGGAAACAUGUCUUCGUGUAGUGAACUAUCACGUUCUCAAGAAUAUCAAAGCUUUCGAAGUUCAGUUCCUCUUAGAAAAAUUGUCGUUGAUUCUGAUGGAACUAAGGGAUGGAAAAUUUAUGAUUCAAGCCCAAAGACUGUUAAAUGUCCACUCAUUUGUCUUCCACCUGUCAGUGGUACUGCUGAUGUUUUUUAUAAACAAAUAUUAGGAUUAGCAGCUAAAGGUUACAGAGUUAUAUCGGCAGAACCACCGGUAUAUUGGAACGUGAAAGAAUGGUGCGAUGGAUUUCGAAAACUUUUGGAUUAUAUGGGACUUGAUAGGGUUCAUCUAUUUGGAGCCUCGUUAGGUGGAUUUUUAGCACAAAAAUUUACCGAAGUCAAUGCUUAUUGUCCAAGAGUAGCAUCGUUAAUUUUAUGUAACACAUUUACAGACACAUCUGUAUUUAGUUACAACGAUUCUGCUGCAGUUUUUUGGAUCUUGCCAUCGAUGGUAUUGAAAAAAAUGGUCAUGGGAAACUUUACAACUGAGAAGGUUGAUGGAGAAAUAAUCGAAGCUAUCGAUUUUAUGGUUGAAAGAUUGGAAAGUUUAAAUCAAUCUGAAUUGGCAUCGAGAUUAACCAUGAAUUGUGUCAAUUGUUAUGUACAACCGGACAAAAUUUGUAAUCUACCAAUAACCAUAAUGGACGUGUUCGAUGACUAUGCAUUAUCAAAUUCAGUUAGAGAAGAAAUGUAUAAAUGUUAUCCUAAUGCUAAAUUAGCUCAUUUAAAAAAUGGUGGCAAUUUUCCAUAUUUGAGUAGAUCUGCCGAAGUCAAUUUACAUUUACAGAUACAUUUGAGACAAUUUGAAGGAACGGAAUACUCAGCUUCGGUUAAAACGAAAACAACAAAUUGUACAAAAAUAUUAGAAUAGUUUCUAUAUAUAUAUAUAUAGACAGAUAGAUAGAUAGAUACACAAU